CUCCGGAGCAAAAAAUUCUUGCUCCUUUUCACUCCGGUUUGCCACCACAAGAAGAAAAAAGAGAAGAAGAUAGUACAGGAACGAUUUUCUCCCUGUUUGCUCCGGAGUACUUCCAGUUUCUCCUGGUACUGGAACAAACCUUAUAUUGCAAUGAGAAUGCUUCUGGUGGUCAUUUAAAAGCUAUUUUUUGUGGUAAAAGUAUUAAUAACUAAAAUAAAUUACAAAUCUUUUGUAAACUACAGUUCUAUGGAGGAAGAUUUUAGUUAUUAUGUGUACAUAACAUUGACGUUGCUUCCUGUCUACUUGGCAUUCAAACUAGUUCAGUGGAUGGGUUGGGAACUUUUCGUCAACAACUGAUUCGAAACCAAAAUGCAGCAAAUCGUGAUUUAAAGGCUUGUGUUGGUUUAUUGGUCAAGUUCCAAACAUAUACGAUUCUCCGUUAAACCUAUAAUAAAUUUUAUUGUUAAAU